AUGUCGAAGUUGUUGCUUGUCCUUGCGUUCGUGUUUCUGGUCAGCCAGACAACGGUGCCAGUUACCGGUAAUCCAGUGGCUGGUUCCGGCGAAGCUGAAAGCACUACAGGAGGCUACUCGGCAAGCGUCUCUGACGAAGUUGAUGAAGGAAGUGGGUCAGGAUCCGGCUCGGCAAGCGUCUCGGGUGACGACGAUGCAGGAAGCGGGUCAGGAUCCGGCUCGGCAAGCGGCUCGGGUGACGACGAUGCAGGAAGCGGGUCAGGAUCCGGCUCGGCAAGCGGCUCUGGUGACGAAGAUGCGGGAAGCGGGUCAGGAGGCGACUCGGCAAGCGGCUCUGGUGACGACGAUGCGGGAAGCGCGUCUGGAGGCGACUCGGCAAGCGGCUCUGGUGACGAAGAUGCGGGAAGCGGGUCAGGAUCCGACUCGGCAAGCGGCUCUGGUGACGAAGAUGCGGGAAGCGGGUCAGGAGGCGACUCGGCAAGCGGCUCUGGUGACGACGAUUCGGGAAGCGGGUCAGGAUCAGAAUCCGGCUCGGCAAGCGCCUCUGGUGACGACGAUGCGGGAAGCAAGUCUGGAGGCGACUCAGCAAGCGGUUCUGGUGACGACGAUGCGGGAAGCGCGUCAGAAGGCGGCUUAACAAGUGGAUCUGGUGACGAUGAUGAGAGAAGCAGCUCCUCAAGCGACUCGAGCGACGACGAUUCGGGAAGCUGUUCCGCAAACCCGGGGAGAGGUAGGGGCAGGUAUGGAAGCUCCGGCAGUUCUUCUAACGAGGUGCACUACCACAUUUACAUCCACAAUGGGUGCGGGUCCAGGGGCAAGUCCUGUUCUAGUAGAGCCAGCUCGCAAGAGACCCACAUCCAUAUCCACACUGAAAAUAGCUGCGCAAAUGUCGGUGACAGUGGUGAAUCGGACGAAUGUGAAGAAAGUGAGGAAUCGGAGGAGAGCCAAUCCGAGGAAAAUAGCGAAUCAGCGGAAAGCAAUUCCGGAGGCAGUAGUGAAUCGGCGGAGGGACAGAGCGGAGGCAGUGGUGAAUCGGCGGAGGGACAAAGCGGAGGCAGUGGUGAAUCGGCGGAGGGACAAAGCGGAGGCAGUGGUGAAUCGGCGGAGGGACAGAGCGGAAGCAGUGGUGAAUCGGUGGGGGAACAAAGCGGAGGCAGUGGUGAAUCGGCAGACGGACAAAGCGGAGGCAGUGGUGAAUCGGCAGAGGGACAAAGCGGAGGCAGUGGUGAAUCGGCAGAGGCAGAAAAUGGAGGCAGUGGUGAAUCGGCAGAGGGACAAAGCGGAGGCAGUGGGGAAUCGGCAGAGCCAGAAACCGGAGUCAGUGGUGAAUCGGCCGAAGGAGAAACCGGAAGCAAUGGUGAUUCGACGGGUGGCGAAACCGGAGGCAGUAGCAAUGACGAAGAGCCCAACUGA